AUGAAGGCUGCAGGACCAGAAAGGAUAGAUAGAUAGAUAGAUAGAUAGAUAGAUAGAUAGAUAGAUAGAUAGAUAGAUAGAUAGAUAGAUAGAUAGAUAGAUAGAUAGAUAGAUAGAUAGAUAGAUAGAUAGAUAGAUAGAUAGAUAGAUAGAUAGAUAGAUAGAUAGAUAGAUAGAUAGAUAGAUAGAAAGAGGAUCCGGGUUUUCGCUCUCGCUCCUGUGCAACGUAUUUCCUCGUCGCUUGCACUGAACUUCCAUUCACUUGUUCAGUCAUCAAUGCGACGAGGAUGAGGAUGAGGAUGAGGAGGAGGAGGUUGCAAUGUGAUUGGCCAGGCGGAGGCUCCUAGUCCGGCUUGUGUUGGUCCUUGGCUCUCCUUGUUUACACCUGGCGGACCGGAAAGACGUCCAGAGUGCCUCCAGCAGACUCGGGCGUCCAGUCUGCGUUGAACAGGGCUAUCUGACAGCACCCUUUGUCGGAACGAGUGUUUUAUUUUUCAUGUUAAACGCAGGGGUUGCGUUUUUUUAUUUCGUAUUUUGUAUUUUGUAUUUUUUGGGGUCCAGGACGCUGGCUGUUCAUUGCACAGUCUCGUCCAAACUUUUUAGUGACCUUUUUCAAAGCGUCCUUUGUGGUUGUCAUUCAAAUCAAAGCUUAACCUGAAAGUUGCAGGGAAUAUUGCCAAUUUGCUUCGAUAUCGCUCUCUCUUUUUUUUUUUUUUUUGUCCAAGUUUGACACUGGAGGAAAAGUACACCGUUCCGUUAUUGUUGUAGUUGCCGGAGCGGAUGCGUUUACUGUCACUUCAUGGUGGGAUUUCACUUUGUUUGAUAUUCUCCUAUAUCACUUUUCUGAACAAGAGAGACACUUGGUGUGGCGAAACACGCCGCGUGAGCACCCACGGACGCUUUGCAGCAGUGUAGCCGGAAACGAUGCUCUCUGUUCGGAUGCAGCGUGGACAAGUUUGCGGUCCGAUUGUGCUUUUGCUCUUGAUCGGGGGAUAUGUGGUGUAUACCGAGAGCAGCGACUACAGUGAUGCUGAGGUUCUCCCGGACUCCUAUCCAUCAGCACCAGCAGAACCUCUCCCAGAAUUCCUGCUCGAACCAGAGGAUGCUUUUAUUGUUAAGAACCGACCCGUUCAGCUUCGGUGCAGGGCGUCACCAGCAACACAGAUCUACUUCAAGUGCAAUGGGGAGUGGGUCAAUCAAAAUGAUCAUGUAACCAGGGAGAGCUUGGACCAGAGCACAGGGCUGGUGGUGAGGGAGGUGGACAUCUCAGUGUCAAGGACCCAAGUUGAGGAGCUGUUUGGGUUGGAGGACUACUGGUGUCAGUGUGUAGCCUGGAGCUCAGCUGGCACCACCAAGAGCAACCGCGCCUACGUCCGCAUUGCAUACUUGAGGAAAAACUUUGAGCAGGAGCCACUGGGGCGGGAGGUGCGACUGGAGCAGGAAGUCCUGUUGCAGUGUCGGCCCCCAGAAGGCAUGCCCCCUGCUGAGGUGGACUGGCUGAAGAAUGAAGAUGUCAUUGACCCUUCGCAGGACUCCAACUUUCUGAUUACCAUUGAUCACAACCUAAUAAUCAAACAGGCCAGACUCUCGGACACGGCCAACUACACUUGCUUGGCUCGUAAUGUGGUUGCCAAAAGGCGCAGCAGCACAGCAACUCUGAUUGUUUACGUGAGCGGCGGAUGGUCCUCAUGGACAGAAUGGUCCGAGUGUAACACCAAAUGUGGACGGGGUUGGCAGCGAAGAACACGUAGCUGCACCAACCCUGCCCCCCUCAAUGGAGGAGCCUUCUGUGAAGGCCCACCCUUCCAGAGAGUGACUUGCACCACACUGUGCCCAGUGGAUGGAGGCUGGACAGAAUGGGCAAAGUGGUCUGCCUGUGGCACAGAGUGCACCCACUGGAGAAGCCGCGAAUGUCAAGCCCCUCCACCCAGGAAUGGAGGCAAGCACUGCAGCGGGAGCAUGAUGGAGAGUAAAAACUGUACUGAGGGUCUCUGUACACGCAAUAAAAUGGUUUCUAUUGAACAUGCAAGCCAUCCGUUGGCGCCAGAGAUGGGUGUAGCAGUCUACGCCGGUCUGGCAGGGGCGCUGCUGCUGUGCGUGAUCCUGGUGCUGUGCGUGGGCGUGCUGGCAUACCGCCGCAGAUGCAGCCACCUCCAUGGAGACAUCACAGACUCUUCUUCUGCCCUCACCGCUGCCUUUCACCCUGGCAACUACAAGCCUCCCAGACAAGAUAACUUCCACCCUCUACAUCCAUCCGCUCCUCCCGACCUGACAGCCACCGCGGGGCCAUUCCGGGGCCCGCUCUUCUCCUUGCAGCAGGGUGUUAACGAAAGCCACCACAAAAUCCCCAUGACCACUUCCCCCCUGUUGGACCCCUUGCCCAGUCUCAAAAUCAAGAUGUAUAACUCCUCCACCCUUUCGUCGCUGGAGAUCCCCGCUGACAUGUGCUCAGGAGACAGCGAGAUCCUCAGCCUGAAGUCGGUCGGCACCGGAGGGAGGGAGCGACAGUUCCACAGCCGCACACUGUCCAGAGAGCCUGGGCUGAGCACCAGCGCCACCCUGGGCCAUCUCGGGGGGCGUCUCACCAUCCCCAACACAGGUGUGAGUCUGCUGGUCCCGCCUGGCACCAUCCCCCAGGGGAAGUUCUAUGAGAUGUACCUCAUUAUCAGCAAAUGGGACAAAACGACGUUGCCCUCUGAGGGCAGUCAGACUGUGCUUAGCCCCGCAGUGAGCUGUGGUCCGUCUGCUUUGCUGCUCAAUCGCCCCGUGGUCCUCACCUUGCCCCAUUGUGCCCAGCUAGACACACCAACACCGGACUGGACACUCACAUUCAAGACACAGACCCACCAAGGAGCAUGGGAGGAGGUCCUGACAGUGGGAGAGGAAAGUUUGUCCUCUCCGUGCUAUCUGCAGUUGGAGGAGGAGUGUUGUCACGUUCUCAUGGAGCAGUUGGGCACGUACGGUCUGGUGGGUCAGUCGUGCCCUCCGCAACCCGCCUGCAAGCGCCUUCAAUUGGCUUUGUUUGCACCGCGAGCACCCUGCCUCUCCCUGGACUACAGCCUUCGCGUUUACUGCAUCCACGACACCCCUCAUGCACUCAAGGAGGUGCUGGAUCUGGAGCGGAGUCUGGGUGGGGUCUUACUGGAGGAUCCUAAGCCACUGCUGUUUAAAGACAGCUACCACAACCUGCGUCUGUCCAUCCACGACAUCCCUCACACUCACUGGAGAAGCAAACUACUGGCCAAGUACCAGGAGAUCCCAUUCUAUCAUAUUUGGAGUGGCAGUCAGAGACCUCUGCAUUGCACAUUCAGCCUGGAGAGAAGCAGCCUGGCCGUGUCACAGCUCUCUUGUAAAAUCUGCGUGCGACAAGUGGAAGGGGAGGGACAAAUUUUUCAGCUGCACACCGACAUCCAGGAGACGCUCCCCCCUCACUCGCCGCUCCCUUCAGCAGGCUCCUGUCUGCCUUCUUCUCAAGUAGGACCGUAUGCCUUCCGCUUGCCUUGCUCUAUCCGCCAGAAGAUCUGUGCCAGUUUGGACGCGCCGAGCGCCCGAGGGUGUGACUGGAGGCUACUGGCACGCAGUUUAGGCUUUGACAGGUAUUUGAACUACUUUGCAACAAAGCCCAGCCCCACAGGAGUACUGCUGGACUUAUGGGAAGCUUGUCACCAGGGUGACGCAGACCUGGUCUCACUGGCAACGGCGCUUGAAGAAAUGGGCAAGAGUGAGGUGCUCGUCGUCAUGACGACAGAUGAGGAUUGUUGAUCAGCGGAGGAAGAACAAGAACAAUAAAUGCGACUAAUCAUAAACAUGCCUAUGAAUAUGUCGACUGCGACACGGAUGGUGAAGCAUUUUAGUUUCUUUUCCAUGUACUCUAUUACCUCUUUGUCACCUCGUCACCAACUCAUUUCCAUAACCACUCAGCCUGAAUCCUCCAAAGCAAUGUUGAGAUUUGAAACCAGUUCUAAGAUGUUUUCUCCUUAGAAGUCUGAAAAUGACCACAUUCAUGUACUUUAUAUAAAUAGAGCUGCUUUCAGGGUAGAAAACAAAAAAAGAAUGUAUUCAGCCCCCUGGAGUCUGAACCGUAUGACAAAAGCGUACGUGGGAUUACCCGUGUUUGAGUAGCAGAAUGGAAGCGCAUGAUGGAACGCCAUCACACCUCAGGCCAGCCGCCUGGUUGUUUUGUCACUAACGCAAAUCUCCAUUGUCGUUGCGGGCGUGCACGAACAACCUGUGUGUUCGAGCACCUCGGGCUGCAGACGCACACCGACCAUAAAGCGGUCAUUAAUCGGCUCUCGCUCAAGACUGGCUCGCGUUUCUCGCUCAUUGGCUGCGGACGAAUCAAAGAAAGACGAAAGGAAGGGUCCUGGUUUGAACGCCUGGCUUUGGGCUCUUCUUAUCUCAUCGAGUAGAACGAGUGACUGUUUCUAUUGUACUAACAAAAUGCCUCAAAGCCUUGGCGUACUCACUACAUCAUUGCAAUUGGCAGGGGGUGCUUGGGUGUAAUCUCUCCUCCCACUUUGCAGCACUCGCAUCCAGUGAGGAUAAAUUGCAAGUUUUCUGAUCAUCCUUGAAAAGUUUCCUUUGGGGAACGCUCUUUAUAUUUGCGGGUUGUUUGUCAUUGCUGCUCUCGUUUCCCUGUUGUUUGCCUGUGUACUAAUUCUACUACAGUAUACCCGGCCAUGGAUUCGAUUUAAGCAUUCCGCAGGUCACUCAGUCAUGGAGAACAACAACAUUUUGUACUUUUGUUUUCAUUCAAAUGUGAGACAGAGGAGCCUCCAAAGUUGAACACCAUCUGUUGCGGGAUGCAGAUUAACCUUCAUUUUGAUGUAAUCACUGGCAAUAAUUAAAAAUGGAUCGAUCUGGUCCAUCAUUAAACCUUGACCGUACAGGCAAUCUUUUAAGUAACAUUUUAGCAUUCUUAACUGUCAUACAAGUAGUGUAUGUGUUGCACACAUACUCACAGAUAUAUAUAUAUUUUUUUUUUUUGGAACAUACCUUCUAUCAUUCACUGCUUUUGUGCUCAGGCCAAUGUCCUUUCUAUUAUAACAGUGGUGCUUUGCCGCCAUCUUGUUGCAGCUAUAGGCAAAUAUAACGUUUUUAGGUGGCGUCAAUUGCUCACAGUCACUAUUUGCGACAGGGCCCGGUCCCUAUCCCCCAUGGACAGCAGGGUAACACUGUAGAGAGAAAAAGAAAAGAAAAGUGAACUAAAUAAAAGUAAAACAGUCAAACUCAGAGAAGAAAUAGGAAGAUGUUUGUAGAACAGUACUGUCACUUUGUGGCUGGACUUAAUGAAGCCUUGUAGUUCUGUUUGUCCAAGCAGUAUGAGAACACAGCUUGUGUUUCGUGGUUGCUUUUAUUUAUGUAUUUGCACAAUACAACAAAAUCAAUACAAUAACAUAACCAUAAUCAUAGGAUGAGAUUGUGCAGGUGAGAUCAGAAAAACAGGUGGGGUUUAUAAAACCAAUCAAACCUUAUUAUGCAGUCGCAUGUAAGUAAAUAUACAAAUACAACAAUAAACAACAUGCAGUGCAGGUGUGCAAUGAAUGUUAAGAAAUUAAGAAAAAGAAAGGAUGCUUGUGUUACAGCAUGUGUCGGUAUUCAUUCAUUCAUUCAUUCAUCCUCCGUUCCGCUUAUCCUCACCAGGGUCGGUAUGUACUGAUUAAGAAAGUGAUCAUCAACAUUGGUUGUCUGAGGAAAAAUACAGUGAAUUAUUCGGAAGGGAUAUGUUCCAGACCCACCCCCAAUAGGUGAAAAUAUGCCAUUACAGACCAUGUUUAAAAGUAUAUCUUACAUAAUUAUUCGUUUUACCCCUCCCAUACGCUUUAAACACAUUUAAAUUUAUGAAAACACGCAACCUAUUCCUUUGUGACUGUUCUCACUCUGCGUCAAGAAAAGGGAGACUCUACUAUAACAUCUCUUUGAUUAUUUGUUUUUCGCGCUUGAAGUUUACUGUAAAACUGACACAAAACAAAAGCGGAGUCAACACCAAAAUGUUCAAGGAAAACCAAGACAAGUGCUACUUAAACAUACAUGGAGCAGCAACACAUACAAACAGGCCAUACGACAAUACUCACAGGCACAUAUUUCUUCUCUGCUCUGUGGGAACGACUUUUAACGGAACUUACAUAAUUGGGGAACUUCUCUGCCUCUUCCUCUUAAUUAUGCUGCAUCUCUUUCAGUAUACUUAGUAAAUGUGCUAUUUAUUGGGAAACUUGUCUGGUCACACGAUGAUUGAUGAUGAUUUCUCCCCCCCCCCCCCAUGGGAAUUUGGGUUGACACUGCACUAUUAAGGCGUUUCACUUUGGAGGUUCCACUGCAUGUGAGAAGAGGUGCUUAAAUGUGCCAUUGGAGGUAACAGAUAAAUUUGUCAGCAUUGAUUAGUGAUGCUUUGAAUAAACAAGGCAGGCAAGAGUGUAUAACUUUUACCUCAACACUCGCUCUAUGUUUCAGUCUCGUCAAUGAAGCUCAUUAACUUGGUCACUUCACCCCUGUUUCCUAAGCUGCCUGUUUUGCGCUCGGGACCUUCAAGCUAGUUUCAUCAUCAGCGUUGGUUAAGUGCCAUCCAUGUUUUAAGCUAUUGUUAGAAGGGAAACAUUGAUGUCUGUUACAUCUGGAAUUGUAACAACGUGCGCAAAAAAAAAAGGUUUAUAACUUUGGAAU